ACUCUGAAAGCCUCAACAACCAACCAAAACACCAUGUCUUCUUCUUGUAAGUAUAUACUGGCUUUCCUCUUCCUGUGGCUAUGGAGUCAUUGUGCUCAAGGCGACACCGUGUCUUUUAGGCCUAAGGCCCUUGUUGCCCCAAUCGUAAAGGACCCCUCCACCCUGCAAUACUACACCAACCUUAGCCUCAAGACACAUCUCAGAUCCGAACGCCUUGCCUUUCACCUCGGUGGCUCCUUCCUGUGGAUCGAUUGCGACAACUAUGUCUCCUCCACCUACCGCCCGGUUCGGUGCCGCUCCGCCCAAUGCUCGGCCGCCCGCUCUCGUGCCUGUGGCUCGUGCUUCGCCACCCCGCGGCCCGGCUGCUCCAAUGACACAUGUGGGGUUAGCCCUUACAACCCCUUCAUACGCACCUCCACCGGCGGCGAUCUCCUAGAGGAUGUGUUGGCCAUUCGCUCAACUGAUGGCAAAACACAAGGCCCACAAGUCACAGUUCCGCACUUCCUCUUCUCUUGUGCCCCUGCCUUUCUCACCGAAGGCCUCACCGGCUCGGCCAGUGGCCUAGCCGGGUUUGGGCGAGGUAAGAUCGGUCUACCUGAACAACUCGCGGCUAAGUUCAGCUUCCGGCGUAAGUUUGCUGUCUGCCUCUCGGGCUCAUCCACGUCCCCAGGCAUUGUCUUCUUUGGUCCCGGACCAUACGUGCUGCAGCCUGAUAAGGAUGUUUCUCAGGGGCUCAUCUACACGCCAUUGCUACUGAACCCAGUGAGCACUGCCGGGUCCUACUUCUUGGGUGAGCCAUCUGACGAGUACUUUAUCGGAGUCAAGGGAAUUAACAUUGUCGAGAAGCCUGUUACGGGCCUGAAUUCUACUCUGUUGAAUAUCGAUUCUGAGGGCAAUGGUGGCACCAAGAUCAGCACCGUAGUCCCUUACACCAUGCUCCAGACCUCCAUCUAUAAGGCCGUGACCUCAGCCUUCGAGCGAGAGGCAACGGGCAUGGGCAUGAAGAGGGUUGCCGGUGUGAAGCCAUUCGAGGUAUGCUUCAGCUCGAAGGGUGUGCCGAGCACGAGGGUCGGGCCAGCAGUGCCCACCAUCGACCUGUUGCUCGACAAUGGCAAGUUUUGGAGCGUGUUUGGUGCGAACUCCAUGGUGGCCACGAGCAACGGUGCCCUCUGUUUAGGGUUUGUUGAUGGAGGGGUGAGCCCAAGGACUUCUAUUGUCAUUGGGGCGCACCAGAUUGAAGACCAUCUUUUGGAGUUUGAUCUGGCUUACUACAGCCUAGGGUUCAGCUCGUCUCUUCUGUUCCGCCAGACCACAUGUGCAAACUUCAAGUUCUAGAGUGUAAUAAUUUCAAGCAUUUUCAGUUGUGCUCCCUCUACACGUGUGAAAAUAGUGAGGGGGUAUAAUAAUGAAUUCUUAAGGUUAAUAAAUAUGUGUUGAUGUGAGAUCUGAACGUGAUGUGACCACACCACCCCUGGACUCCAUAAAUAAUAAGUGGCAAGAAAGUGGUAAACACCCGCGGCGGCGUUUUUAGUGGCAAUGUAGGCCCAAGCUUAUCUUCAAAUGGGCCCAUCCAAAUCGCGACACGGUCAAAACUUUAGUGCUCAUCGGUGGACCGUGCGGACGAGAACAGUAUUUAUAGACGCCACCCCCACCUCCAUCUUCUUCACACGGAGCGAGGCUCAAAAAAAAAACCGUGUCUUCU